AUGCUUUGGCUGCUGAGUCCCCUCUUGUUUGUGGCCAUUGCCUCAGGCUGUGGCCGGCCUUCCUUCAACAACUCCAGCCGCGUGGUCAAUGGCGAGGAUGCGGUUCCCUACAGCUGGUCCUGGCAGGUCUCUCUGCAGUAUGAGAAGGAUGGGACCUUCCGCCACACCUGUGGUGGCAGCCUCAUCGCCCCUGACUGGGUUCUGACUGCGGGCCACUGCAUCUCGACGUCCCUCACCUACCAGGUGGUGCUGGGCGAGUAUGACCGCUCCGUGGAGGAGGGCCCCGAGCAGGUGAUCCCCAUCAAUGGCGAGGACCUCUUCGUGCACCCCAAGUGGAAUCCCAACUGUGUAAGCUGUGGCAAUGACAUCGCCCUCAUCAAGCUCUCUAGAAGCGCCCAGCUGGGAGACCACGUCCAGCUUGCCUGCCUCCCUCCUGCCGGUGACAUCCUGCCUAAUGAGUCACCCUGCUACAUCAGCGGCUGGGGCCGCCUCUACACCAACGGUCCUCUCCCUGACAAGCUGCAGCAGGCCCUGCUGCCCGUGGUGGACUACAAACACUGCUCCAGGUGGGACUGGUGGGGCUUUUCUGUGAAGAGCACCAUGGUGUGCGCCGGCGGGGACAAAGAGUCUGGCUGCAACAUAUGGCUCAACCAACACCCUCCCUGGCUGUUACAGGGUGACUCUGGAGGACCCCUCAACUGCCCUGCUGGGGAUGGCACCUGGCAGGUCCAUGGUGUGACCAGCUUUGUUUCUUCCUUGGGCUGCAACACCCGGAAGAAGCCCACGGUAUUCACGCGAGUUUCGGCCUUCAAUGACUGGAUUGAGGAGACCAUGGCAAGCCACUAG